AUGGAUGGACAGGAUGGACAAAUCCGAACGCAGCUGGUGGAGCAGUUCAAAUGCCUGGAGCAGCAGUCGGAGUCGCGCCUGCAGCUGCUGCAGGACCUGCAGGAGUUCUUCCGCAGGAAGGCCGAGAUCGAGCUGGAGUACUCCCGGAGCCUGGAGAAGCUGGCUGAGCGCUUCUCCUCCAAGAUCCGCAGCUCCAGAGAGCACCAGUUCAAGAAAGAUCAGCACCUCCUUUCCCCUGUGAACUGCUGGUACCUGGUUCUGACGCAGACCCGUCGGGAGAGCCGAGACCACGCCACCCUGAACGACAUCUUCAUGAACAAUGUCAUCAUCCGGCUGUCGCAGAUCAGCGAGGAUGUCAUCAGGCUCUUCAAAAAGAGCAAGGAGAUUGGCCUGCAGAUGCACGAAGAGCUCCUGAAAGUCACCAAUGAGCUCUACACGGUGAUGAAGACCUACCACAUGUACCAUGCAGAGAGCAUCAGCGCCGAGAGCAAGCUGAAGGAGGCGGAGAAGCAGGAAGAAAAGCAGUUCAACAAGUCAGGGGACAUCAGUGUGAACCUGCUGCGACACGAGGACCGGCCUCAGCGACGCAGCUCCGUCAAGAAGAUUGAGAAGAUGAAGGAGAAGAGACAAGCCAAGUAUUCUGAAAACAAGCUGAAGUGUACAAAAGCCAGGAAUGACUACCUGCUGAACCUGGCAGCCACCAACGCAGCCGUCAGCAAAUACUACAUCCACGACGUCUCCGACCUCAUCGACUGCUGUGAUCUGGGAUUCCACGCCAGCCUUGCUCGGACCUUCAGGACGUACCUGUCUGCUGAGUACAACCUGGAGACGUCCCGCCACGAGGGCCUGGACAUCAUCGAGAACGCUGUGGACAACCUGGACGCACGGAGCGACAAGCACACCAUCAUGGACAUGUGCAACCAGGUCUUCUGCCCGCCGCUGAAGUUCGAGUUCCAGCCACACAUGGGGGAUGAGGUGUGCCAGGUGAGCGCCCAGCAGCCCGUGCAGACCGAGCUGCUGAUGCGGUACCACCAGCUGCAGUCUCGGCUGGCCACUCUCAAGAUUGAGAAUGAAGAGGUACGGAAAACGCUGGAUGCCACAAUGCAGACCUUGCAGGACAUGCUGACAGUGGAAGAUUUUGAUGUUUCAGAUGCCUUCCAGCACAGCCGCUCCACUGAGUCAGUCAAAUCAGCUGCAUCAGAGACCUACAUGAGCAAAAUCAACAUUGCCAAGAGGAGAGCCAACCAGCAGGAGACUGAAAUGUUCUAUUUCACUAAAUUUAAGGAGUAUCUGAAUGGCAGUAACCUCAUCACAAAGCUCCAGGCUAAACACGACCUGCUGAAGCAAACUCUGGGAGAAGGUGAAAGAGCUGAGUGCGGAACAACCAGGCCCCCAUGUCUUCCCCCUAAGCCACAGAAAAUGAGGAGACCUAGGCCUCUCUCAGUCUAUAAUCAUAAGCUCUUUAACGGCAAUAUGGAAACAUUCAUUAAGGAUUCAGGACAGGCCAUUCCACUUGUUGUAGAAAGCUGCAUCCGCUACAUCAAUCUGUACGGCCUCCAGCAACAGGGCAUCUUCAGAGUCCCUGGCUCCCAGGUGGAAGUCAAUGACAUCAAGAACUCGUUUGAGAGAGGUGAAGACCCCCUUGCUGAUGAUCAGAAUGAAAGAGACAUUAACUCAGUGGCUGGAGUCUUGAAGCUGUAUUUCCGGGGACUGGAAAACCCCCUCUUUCCUAAGGAAAGGUUUCAAGAUUUGAUAUCUACUAUAAAAAUUGAGAACCCUACAGAGAGAGUGCACCAGAUCCAGCAGAUCAUUGUCACUCUGCCUCGGGCUGUCAUCGUGGUCAUGAGAUACCUCUUUGCUUUCCUUAACCACUUGUCACAGUACAGUGAUGAGAACAUGAUGGAUCCCUACAACCUGGCCAUCUGCUUCGGGCCCACGCUGAUGCACAUUCCUGACGGGCAGGAUCCGGUGUCCUGCCAGGCCCAUGUCAAUGAGGUCAUCAAAACCAUCAUCAUUCACCACGAGGGCAUCUUCCCCAGCCACCGAGAGCUGGAAGGGCCUGUCUACGAGAAGUGCAUGACCGGAGGGGAGGAGUACUGUGACAGCCCGCACAGCGAGCCGGGCACCAUCGAUGAGGUGGACCAUGACAACGGGACAGAGCCACACACCAGCGACGAUGAGGUGGAGCAGAUCGAAGCCAUAGCCAAGUUUGACUACAUUGGACGAUCUCCACGGGAGCUCUCCUUCAAGAAAGGGGCCUCGCUCCUGCUGUACCAUCGGGCAUCGGAGGACUGGUGGGAAGGGAGACACAACGGGGUGGAUGGGCUCAUUCCCCACCAGUACAUCGUGGUGCAAGACAUGGAUGACGCCUUCUCCGACAGCCUGAGCCAGAAGGCCGACAGCGAGGCGAGCAGCGGGCCACUGCUGGAUGAUAAAGCCUCCUCCAAGAACGACAUCCAGUCACCCACAGAUCAUAUCAUGGACUAUGGCUUUGGGGGAGUGAUGGGCAGAGUGAGGUUGAGGUCUGAUGGUGCAGCCAUCCCCCGGCGCCGCAGCGGAGGGGACACCCACAGCCCGCCCCGAGGGAUGGGGCCUGGCAUGGACACCCCUCCUCGAGCAGCAGCCUGCCCCAGCAGCCCCCACAAGAUCCCCCUCAACAGGGGCAGGAUGGAGAGUCCUGAGAAGCGCAGGAUGGCGACGUUUGGCAGCGCGGGCAGCAUCAAUUUCCCAGACAGGAAGGCCCUGGCUGACAGCCACCCACUGAGAUCGACCUGUGGAUCCACCCGGCACAGCAGUCUGGGAGAUCAGAAAUCCCUGGAAGCAGAAGCUCUUGCUGAGCACAUCGAGAAGACCAUGAGCACGGCACUGAACGAGCUGCGGGAGCUGGAGAGGCAGAACACGGCCAAGCAGGCGCCCGACGUGGUGCUGGACACGCUGGAGCCCAUGAAGAACCCCCCGAUGGGCGCCGCCAACUCGGAGCCGGCCAGCCCCCUGCACACCAUCCUGAUCCGGGACCCCGACGCGGCCAUGCGGCGCAGCAGCAGCUCCACCACCGAGAUGAUGACCACCUUCAAGCCAGCGCUGUCGGCCCGGCUGGCCGGGGCGCAGCUGCGGCCGCCGCCCAUGCGGCCGGUGCGGCCGGUGGUGCAGCACCGCUCCAGCAGCAGCAGCAGCUCGGGGGUGGGCAGCCCUGCCGUCACCCCCACCGAGAAGCUCUUCCCCAGCAGCUCGGCAGACAAAUCGGGCACCAUGUAGGCUGGGCACGGGGAGCGGGGCGGGCGCGGGCUCGGAGCCCUGCUGGGGAGCCUCUGUGGAAGGAAACACGCGUGGGGCCCGGGCCUGGUGCUGUACAUACGUGUGUGUGUAUGUACAUAGGUGUGCACGCACCCCAUCCAUGCAGAAACGCUUCCCGAGCUUGCAGUCCUACGGCAGGAGGAGAUGGCAGGUCUACGUGUUGGCACUGGAGAACUCACUCGGUGUAGAAGUAUAUAGUAGAAACAAAGUGUACAGAAUUCAGUGACUUUUAAAAACAGUAGAUUUACCUCAGAAACUGGCUCUGAAAUGUCCUCCCUCGAGACAGUGGGUUGGUCUGGGUUUCCAAGGCUGUCUGUGUGCACCUGGAAGCCCACGCUGCAGCAGCUGUGCGUCAAGCAAUACAAGGCCAUCCUAGAAUUUAUUUUCUGUACCUCUUGGCAUCAAAAAAACAAAAGGGGUGGGAAUACAGUGGGGUCUGUUCACUGCUGGGCUGUGGAGAAGAGCUGGAAAUCCAUACAUUGACCGUGUGUCCGACCAGCUGGAGUUUUUCCGGUCCUGAAUCCUGAGAUGUCUUCAUGUGCCCGUGGUGCCCCGGCAGCAGGGACAAAGCAGGGUGUGUGCCACGGAUGGGAAUGGAGUGAAGUGAGUGCCAUGAGUGGGACAGAGUGAGGUGUGUGCCACACCCUGCGCAGGAGGAGGACUCUGCGCUGCACCCCGACCGUGGAACGCUGCUGCUCUGCAAGAUUUCAGGGUGAACAAGGACUAGUGACCAAACCUGUGGUAAAGCAUGGAGUAACUUACAGAGUUUGGAGUCUUCAUCUCCCUUUCCCCUUUCUUUUCCUUUUUUUUUGUUUAAAUCCAAACCCAACCCAAUGGUCUCUGAAGAAUCAGGCCUGAGCAGUGAGGAGGGGUCUCGGGUCAGAGUGGUUGUCCUGCAUGAGAAGCAUGAGCCGUGUUUGACCGCAUCAGAUGCAAAACUGAUCUGAUGGGUGACACUUUGCACUUUCUGUACUGUACCAUACAAUACAACUGUUCGAGUUUAUGCAAAGGAAUCUACAUUUUGUCUUACCCAGAGGAAAAGAUAGGCAGAAGGCUGGGGAUUGCAUGGUCCUGUGUGAUAAUCCAGACUCCUCUGUAAGCACUGAAUCCAGGAUGCUCCAUGCUUCUCCUGCAGCUUUUCCUUGUACAGAUUUCCAUGCAAUGCCCCAUGGUUUGAUUUGGCACUUCCCCAUGGCCACAUGCUAAUGUCUCCUAAUGUUCAUCCUUCCUCCCAGCUAUCUCUGAUCCUGCUGCUCUGUGCCUGGGCAAAGACACCUGCAGGCCCUCCUGACUCACCCAGCAGCCACCCACCCUGCCUGGGGCUUUGCUUUGUCCCCCCCCUUCAUCUUCCUCAUCUCUCCAGCACUGCUGUGGACCCCAGGCCAAGCAGCCUGACUUCCAGGAGGCAGUGGAGGCACUGAGCAGGGUGGCAGAACCUGUCAGUCCUGCAGUGAUUUGUGGGGAGCUCACAGCUCAGACUGCCUGUACAUUCACACCUGAACCUCUGUACCUCCAUGCUUGUACUUCCACAGCUGCCCCCCACAGCUGCCCCCCACAGCUGCCCCCCACAGCUGCCCCUGUGUGCCAGGCACAGAGCUGAUGCCAUUGGGACCGGCUGGUGCCCGUCCCGUGCCCACCCCUCGUGUCCCCUCACGCCCCGCUCUGCCAGCCCUGUAAAUAUUGCUGUACUUGCUUAACUGCUCGAAAGUAACUGUUAACCUGUAAACUGUACAAAAAUAGGCUAAAAUUAGAUAAAGCCGAUGCCACUCAACAAAUCUUUGCACUUAGUAGGUAGCUCAAUGUAAAAAUAAACCCAGUAAUAAUAAUAGUAAUUCCGAAGGGAAGCGAAGCCGCCGGCACCCCUCGCAGAGCCCGUGGGGAGCAGCUCUGCCCAUGUCCCUCCCUGUCACUCUGGCAGGGCAGACGGUGUGUGUGCUUGUCUGUGAACGUCCUCAGCGUUUGUAAUGACCACCAUUGGUUCAUGUUGGUGUUUAUUUCUCCAUCAUCCCCCUUUCCUGGCACAGCCCCUGGCCACUGCCCGGCCUGGCGCAGUGGCUGCAAAUGUUCAGCCAGGCUGGGCUGGUCAGGGACCUGUGCUGGGGAGGGAAGGACCCAUUUGGCACGAGUGCUGUGUAUCCAUUGCCAAUAAUUAUUACUUUUGUUUCCAUUUAGUUCCUGGAGAACGUUUACUUUGCCAGUUUUCUGUUUUUUAUAUGCUUUCUGAGAUGACUUGAGAGCAAACCCAUCUUCAUUAGGGGUUUUAUUUCCUCCCUUCUUUUCACCAUACGGUACAAAUUCCAGUGUCUUUCUAUUAAAUUAUUGCCUUUCAUUUUCCUUUGUUUUGUUUUGUUGUGGGUUUUUAAUGCAAUUGUUUUCUUAUCUUUAAGUGCCUUUUUGAGCACCAAAACAAACGGUUGGAGUUCAGGCCUGGGGGCGGUGCACACAUGGGUUUGUCUGGGCAGUUGUGUUGUGCUGGGGUGAUUGUUUUUAAAGUCCUUCCAUUUUUCUGUUUAAUGAGAAGGGAACCAAGACUUUUUGUUUGAGAAUAAACUCCCCCUUUGUAAUAUGGUA